AUGGUAGGAAUAGAAAAUUUCAAAGGCGAAAUAAUCCAUUCAAGUGAUUAUAGAUCUGGUGAAAAAUAUAAAGAUAAAAAGGUAUUGGUGGUUGGAUCAGGAAAUUCUGGGAUGGAAAUAGCUUUUGAUCUUUCAAGUUAUGAAGGUCUCAAAUCAAUUGUUGUUAGAAGUCCAAUUCAUGUUCUAACAAGGGAGAUGGUGUAUACUGCAACGUUGUUGCUAAUAUAUUUACCGGUAUCUUCAGUUGAUACUGUAAUUCCAAAGUAUACUAAAUUUAAGUUUGGAAAUUUAGAAGAAUUAGGAAUACCACAACCAGAAGAAGGCCCAUUUUCUGUUAAAAUAUCAAAUGGUAGAUCCCCAGUAAUUGAUGUUGGUGCCAUUGACAAGAUUAAACUUGGACAGAUUAAGGUGUGA